AUGGUUGAUUCAAAAAGUUUUUCCUUCAACAAGAAAACGGUUUUUGACUAUGAGAGGUCAAAAAGUAAAUUUCUGGAUCUCAAAAGAGACUCCAUGUCUCGGAUGAAACAUUUAAGGUUGAUUACAGAAAAGGGCUCCCAAAAUCAGAUAAAAGAUUUUUAUGAAGCAAACUAUUCAUAUAUAUUUUAUUUGUUUCACGACUGCAUAAAGAACUUCAAUGAGGGAUUGAGAUUAUUCAUAAUUUGGUAUUCCAUACUGAUGUGGAAUGCUGAUGAUGAUGUGCACAGCAUCUUCAAAAAGUUAACUGCAAGCACACCCAUCCUUGCAGCUUCCAACAAGCAUGCCUUCGAAUCAGACACAUACAGCAUAUUUAUAUUUCACCAGCUACUCAACCACAUCGUUACACAGGUUGGAUCUGUACUGUGGAACCACAAGGAAGCUUCCUUCUUCUUCCUCUUCCAGAGCCUCAACAAAUUUUAUGUGCACGACAUCUUUGAAUCAUUUCAAUAUUUUGAUUACACGUCAUUCAAUUUUGAAACAUUUUCAAAAGAAGAGUCAGAGCAGUCGAAGAAGGGAUUGUCGCCAUGCAAGCCUUCUAUCCUUCAAAACGUCAUCAUCAACUGGGUGGUGGGAAUCAUUGAUCAGAACAAAAAAAUGAUCUCAUUUUCAGAUGAAAAGUUUGGCAUUUCUAUUGAAAAGAUUUUCAUGGAACUUCAGCAGCCCUUUAAGAGAGGAGGGCUUGGAAGGAAUAGCACAGAACCACACAGAGAUUUUAAUUUUAAUCUACAGUCUCAAUCGUCAUCAACCGUUCUUCCUAACAAUAAUUUAAAAGUGACAUUCUCGACGCAUAACGAAAUGCAGAGCACUAGCAGCAAUGUUACAGGUGGAAGCAGGAAAAGUAACCUCAUCAAGUCGAACAUCACCAGCAUCAAGGAGGCCACAAACAACAGCAGUAACUGCUCCAGUCAAGAUAACAAAGAAAAUAAAGAUAAGGAGAUUAGCAGUCACCCCCACAGCAGCAGCAACAACAACAGCAGCAACAACAUUGGCAGGAAGUCAGGCUUCAUGUUCACACACGAUGAGAAAAUGAUGGUUCAGAGAGUUUUGUUCUCCUGCAAGCACAACUUGAACAUCAUCUUCGAAAUAUUUCAUCAGGAUCAACACAGACCUUUUUUCAUUGAAGAACCAGAACAUUCGUUGUCAUCAUCGUCAUCUUCUUCAUCAUCAACAACUCCGAGUCCGCUUGUACUGCCGAAUGUGUCGCUAUCAUUGAGUGAUGCCAACAAAACAAAAAUGACAAAUGCAGAGGAGCUCUCCAUCCUGUUGUUGGAUGACGCUUGCAAGUUGGGCAAACAAAAGCUGAUCCAAAUAUUCGUCUGUCAGUCUNGUAAUCUCUUCCUCACCGAUUGGAAGUCUCUUCAUAGCAAGUCUAAUAUUCCCAAUGGGGAGAAGAUUCUUAGUGAACAGGCAAUUUUUUUCACUCAUUAA